AUGUCCAAACCAAGCUCACCCACACCCAGCAACACUCCCUCUAGUCCGGAAAUCAAUAAGGCCGCCCUGAAACUCUGUCACAUUGUCAAACGUCCCGACUUCGAUGGCUAUGGUUUCAAUUUACAUUCGGAAAAAUCAAAGCCCGGCCAAUUUAUUGGCAAAGUUGAUGCCAAUUCUCCAGCUGAGGCAGCUGGCUUGAAGGAGGGCGAUCGCAUCAUUGAAGUCAAUGGUACGGCCAUACACAGUGAGACCCACAAGCAAGUGGUGCAACGCAUUAAGGCCAUUUCUGGAGAGGUUAGAUUGCUGCUAAUUGAUGUUGAUGGCAAAGGUGAUGGUAAACAGCAUUUGGUCUCCACGACUAAUGGUCAUACUAACAAUAAUAACAACAACACCACAAGCAUGGAAGUUAGUAAAACCGAACAAGUUCUGCCGGGGGCAAGUGAAAAUAUCAACAGCAUUACCAUGGUCUCGACCAAGAGAGCAUCGCAGACAUCACACAGUUCGGGACACAGUGCUGUGACCACAAAUGCCAAUGGUUCCGAUGUCACCGAUCAUCAAGUGGUACACAGCAGCAGCAACAACAACAAUAUACCACCACCACCCUCAGCCACCAUGGCCACAGUGCAAAAAACCGCCAAUGGUGGCAGUUCAUCACCAUCCGGCAAUGGUAAUGGUGUUGUAGGUGGUUCGACGGCGGCGCCGGCGCCAUCCUCCACCACCACUGCCAAAACGGGUGGUCUCCAAUUGAAUAUGACCGCAGCUGAGAUGCGUGCUAAGCUAUUGUCCAGAAAGAAAUACGAUCCGAAAAAUGAAAGUGUCGAUUUGAAGAAGAAAUAUGAAAUUGUACAGAAACUUUAAA